GGAAACCUAACUGGGUCAGGUCUGGGCGAGUUCCGGUUCGUGCGCGCAUCUGUGCUCUCCUCCUUGCCCGAAGCAUUUGGGGCAGCCAAAGACCAAGAAUGGCCACCCCGCCCAAGAGAAACUGCCCAUCUCCCUCCACUAGCUCCGAGGGUACCCCCAUCAAGAAAAUCUCCAUCGAAGGGAACAUCGCUGCAGGGAAGUCAACAUUUGUGAAUAUCCUUAAACAAGUCUGUGAGGAUUGGGAAGUGGUUCCUGAACCUGUUGCCAGAUGGUGCAAUGUUCAUAGUACUCAAGAUGAAUUUGAGGAACUGACAACGUCUCAGAAAAGUGGUGGGAAUGUUCUUCAGAUGAUGUAUGAGAAGCCUGAACGAUGGUCUUUUACCUUUCAAUCAUAUGCCUGUCUCAGUCGGAUACGAGCUCAGCUUGCCUUUCUCAAUGGCAAGCUCAAAGAUGCAGAGAAACCUGUAUUGUUUUUUGAACGAUCUGUGUACAGUGACAGGUAUAUUUUUGCAUCUAAUUUGUAUGAAUCUGACUGCAUGAAUGAAACAGAGUGGGCAAUAUAUCAAGACUGGCAUGACUGGAUGAAUAACCAGUUUGGCCAAAGCCUUGAAUUGGAUGGAAUCAUUUAUCUUCGAGCUACUCCAGAGAAAUGCUUAAGUAGGAUAUAUUUACGAGGAAGAACUGAAGAGCAAGACAUUCCUCUUGAAUAUUUAGAGAAGCUUCAUUAUAAACAUGAAAGUUGGCUCCUGCAUAGAACACUGAAAACAAAUUUUGAUUAUCUACAAGAGGUGCCUAUCUUAACACUGGAUGUUAAUGAAGACUUUAAGGACAAACAUGAAAGUCUGGUUGAAAAGGUCAAAGAAUUUUUGAGUAGUUUGUGAUCUUGCCGAAGACUCGAGAUAGCCCAUUGUUUCCAAAUACUUCAGCUUUAUGUGUCUUCAUAGCUCAAUAUUCAUAAGACUCAAGUUUUUAACCUUUUUUUUCUUCAAGAAAAAGUGUUUUUGUGUGUUUUAUGAAUCCUAUGUAAAACUUUCUCUCCCUUCCUCCCUUCCUUUCUUCAAUAGUUCAAAAAUCAAAGAUGUUUAAUUAUCUCUUAUAACAGGAAGUCUGGAGGUAGAUGGUUCCAAAAUCUGAAUAGUGGUUCAACUAUAUUAUAAAAGACCUAGCCUCCUCCUGUCUUGUCCCUCUGUCAUCUUCCACCGGUUAACAUUUUCCUAUAGUGUUUUUCACCUCAGGGUUGACCAGUUUCUUAACUGGAAGCAUUAAUGUUACAGAGUAAAUCAUGUGUAAAUUAAAUUAUUGUACCUAUUAAAAGUUGAAAAAUAGAAUUUCAGAAUUCCUUGAAUAAGGAUUCUGAAGUGAGUUUUGUUUUGUUUUAAUUUUUGUUUGUUUAUUUUGUUUUAUUUCUAGAGGUGCUAGGGGUCAAACUAAGGAUUUCAUGCAUAUUAGGCAAGUGCUCUACAGAGUUGUAUAUCUAGCUCCUGAAGUUUUAUUUGGAAUGUUUUUGAUCAGGUGCCUCUCUUUCCAUCCUAAUUUAUGUUAAAGAUAAAACUAAGUUUAGUAUUUAAUCACUUGAUAUUUAUCAAUGUAUCUAUAAUACAUUUACAGGGAAGCAAGUUAGACCUGAUUCCCAGUUUGGUAAUGACAUAACCUAUUUUAUAAAUCAUUUCACCUUUUACCUUUGUUUCUGCAUCUGUGAUCCAUUUUUAUUUUUACAUGGGAUUUUAGAUGAUUGAGGAGAAAAUUUUUGUAUCUUUAAAAGAUAGCUGAAAAGUUAUUACCUGAGUAUAAAGAUUCAGUUUACCAGGAGUUUAAAAUAGCUACCUGCUUUUCCCUUCUCAGACUAUUGUUUUAGAAAUGAAAAUUCUUAUUACAGUUAAGAGAUUUACUUAAACUAUGUUUUUCCUUAAUAAUUAGGUGGAAGUGUAGUUUUUCUUAAAUUUCUUUUCAUUUUUAUAUCUUUUGUUGUGUCUAUGUGUGUGUGG